AUUGGAUCACAUCCAUCAUCAUUGAUUUACUUGCGCAUUACAUUAUAAUUGUCUGUGCAGGACGUGCGCAUACUCUCUUUGCUGCUGCAAUUCUCUACGUUACGCUAAUGAAAAGCUUACGAUAUUGAGAUUUGAAUCCACACGUGAAUGCUUCCAAAGCGCGCUCGCGACGACGGAUGCUUGGCCUCCGACAUUCCAGCAUCAAAGAGAAGGAGGGCCUCCUACACGUCGGUCUCAGCUAGAAUCCCUUCGCCCGAACCUUCACCCUCCGUCGAGCCCUCGGUCUCACUUCCGCUUACCUAUUCUAAUCUUCGACGUCUGGCGGAGAUAAAUGGUAGUAUAGCACCAAUGCCAGGUUCUCCAACGAAGUCGACGUCGUCCGGACGUAGCCUGAUACAACCACAUCAAUUCCUUAAAAAACUCAAUGGUUACGGUAUAUCUGUUGACACUGGGAAGCCAAUGCCGCAAGAUCUAAAACAAUUCAUCGCGGGCAUAAAAGAGAACGACCUGGGACUCGGCAGCACAACCCCGCAAAAGGUCGCCGACAGACAUCGGCAGCUUAUGCUGCUCUGCAACGAACAAGCAGGAAUUGAUCUGGCCAGGCCAUACUUGUGGAUCGCGGGAGAGGCAAAUGACAGAGAGAAUGGUUACCGCUAUCUUGUUAGCAAACCGAAAAAUAACUUAGCGCGAUCCUUUUUACCGAAUGCACUUGAACAAACAUACAAGGACGCUUACGGUGCCCUCGCCCAGCCACAGCCAGAUGAUGCGUUGGGCUAUGUGACUGCACUGGAAGCAGAGUAUUCAGGCAUUGAUUCUGCAUUCAAGAAUGGCGAUGAAGCGCUUCUGGACGGUCGAAAGCUUUUCCUGGCCAACCAACUACUUUUCCCCUUCAUUACCGCACAAUGGAAGACAUCUCAAGGAGAGGGUCUUUCAUACGCCCGCAUCCAGAGUGCGCGAGAUGGACCAACAAUUAUACGCCAUCUGCAUACCUUCUAUGAGAAAGCUUGUUAUGACACGUCACCAGUACGAACAUGCCACUUUAGCGUUGUUUGCAACAUGUUCUCACUCGAGGUCUACGUCAUAUGGCGUGAACAUUCAGAAUGUGCUGGCGGUGAUGCGUAUCACAUGGAGCCAAUACUAAGGACGUACCUCUCUGAUGAAGACGGUGUCCAGAAGUACAGGAGAGUUCUGCGAAACAUCGUUGAAUGGGGAAGAACCACCCGGCUUGAUGACAUUCGACUCGCGCUCACAAAUUUGCGUGUCAAUGAAGACUCUACUUCAUCGGUCUCUGCAACGCAAUCAGUGAAUACGGGGUCUAGUGUCGCAUCUCUGCCCGGACAAAAACCGGAGAUUAUGGUGCCCACGCCGCCGCGAGAUACUAGCGAUCCCCCAAAGAAGCGAAAGACUACCGCCUAAUGGUUUUGUACUUGCUGGCAUUGAUUAUAUGAAACCAGUUUUGAGGAUUAGUACGGCGUUUAUGGUGUGAAGUUCAGCCAGCAAGCGGGACGCAGCGUAUGACAUCAUGCUAGCCACGUCGUUUGGUAGGUAAUCCAAGCUCAAAAUAUAUGUACAAAUGCGUCUAAUCUACAACUUUUUACCUCCGUGAUAUCUAUAACCAUCACUCCAUGUAUAUGGGCAUCUUACGGCUCGCGCAAAUAACUUCUAACCCUUCAAGCGAAAUCCUGCUAUGUCAUGAGGCUGCACGUACUUGGCCUCGAGAUUCGUAAAUGAGACACUGACGCGCCGUAGCUUCACCUCGGACUUCGUCUUGCUCUCUUGCAUAUGCUGGAGCUAUGUGUCGUGCUUUCU